AUGCCCCCGCUGCACACACCCCCUCUGCACACACCCCCUCUGCACACACCCCCUCUGCACACACCCCCGCUGCACACACCCCUGCUGCACACGCCCCCACUGCACACGCCCCCGCUGCACACGCCCCCGCUGCACACACCCCCUCUGCACACACCCCCUCUGCACACACCCCCGCUGUACACGCCCCCGCUGCACACACCCCCACUGCACACGCCCCCGCUGCACACGCCCCCGCUGCACACACCCCCUCUGCACACACCCCCGCUGUACACGCCCCUGCUGCACACGCCCCCACUGCACACGCCCCUGCUGCACACACACCCGCUGCACACGCCCCCGCUGCAAACGCCCCUGCUGCACACACCCUCGCUGCACACGUCCCCAUCCUGA